CCCGCCAUGGAAGCCACCCUUCUCAGCUCCCAACGCUUCCACCCCCAACUCUUCCCCGCCAAACUUCGAGGUUCAGAUACUCAAAUUUAUCGUCUUCCCCUGGUUAGAGCCAAAACCAGCUGCCUCUCCCUUAAGACCAAUCCUAACCAAUUAUGCAGGACAAAUUCAAUUUUUCUAAACAGGCCUUUUGUCUCCAAACUAAGCACAAGAGUGUCUGCUAAGUUUUCGGACCAAUUCCGAAGUGAUUAUACAGAUGUUGAGGCCACACCUGUUGAAUCCUUAAAUGUUGACGUUGCUCCUCCGGGGCCGAAGGAGAGGACAGAUGUUGUUAGAGUGGAUGAGAGUGAGGAUUCCCGUGGCGUGGAGGCGAAACCUGUAAUGUUUAGGAACCGGUAUUUGGAUUUAGUGAGGAUAGGUUCGGUGAUUAAUAAUGCUGCUGAGUCGUUUUUCAAGAGUGAGAUUAGGAGGAGGUUGUGUGUGACCGCAGUAUUGAUUGUGAUUAGUCGUGUUGGUUAUUUUAUUCCGCUGCCGGGGUUUGAUAGAAGGUUGAUACCUCAGGACUAUCUUAGCUUUGUCUCGGGAUCAGUUGAUGAGCUCGGGGAUUUUACAGCAGAGCUUAAAAUGUCCUUGUUCCAGCUUGGAAUCAGUCCUCAAAUUAUAGCAUCGAUUAUUAUGCAGGUACUCUCUUAUGUCAUCCCCUCCCUAGCGAAGUUGCGGAAAGAAGGCUUAGAUGGUCAAGAGAAGAUUAAGAGUUAUAUAUGGUGGAUGUCUCUUGGCUUUGCAAUUGUGGAGGCUGUGAUACUGGCUUGUUAUUCACUUCCCUAUUCAAUCUAUGUAGCUAGCCACAGGGUCAAGCAUGUUAUGCUGACAAGUAUGUUAUUAGUCUGCGGUGCGAUGACAAUUACGUGGAUCUGUGAUACCAUCACAGAAUCUGGAUUUGGCCAAGGUUCAUCUCUUAUAAUAUGUGUGCAAAUAUUGAUCGGCUACACAGAGACAUUAUACAAUAUGUUGACCCAGCUCUCAGGAAGUUCUGUUAGUUGGUGGCCGUACUUAUUUGGACUAUUGGGCGUUUUCACAAUAGUCACUAUGUGGGCUGUUGUAGUAACUGAAGGUUGUAGGAAGAUAAAGCUUCAGUACUAUGGUUUUAAGCUUGCUUCUGCUGCAAGGGAUGACUCACCUAUUACUGAAGUGGAGCCCUAUAUCCCUUUAACUAUUAAUCCAGCAGGAAUGCAGCCUGUUCUCACCACUACUUAUCUCUUGGCAUUUCCCAGCAUUCUAGCAAGUCUUCUUGGUUCAUCUUUCUGGUUGCAUGUUAAAGAGAUAUUGAACCCCGAUACUUCUAUUGGUGCAGCGCCUUGGGUGUACUACUCCAUAUAUGCAUUUUUCGUCUUUUUAUUCAACAUAUUGGACAUUGCCAACUUGCCCAAGGAAAUUGCUGAUUAUUUGAAUAAGAUGGGUGCCAGGAUACCGAAUAUAAAACCUGGGAAGGCUACGAUUGAAUACCUCACAAAGGUUCAGGCAUCAACACGCUUUUGGGGUGGUGUAUUAUUAAGCAUCUUAGCAACAUCAUCAAGCAUACUUGAUCACUAUUUACGUAAUAUCAACGCGGGAUUUUCAAUCGGGUUGACAUCAGUCUUAAUCAUAGUGGGUUCGAUUAUCGAACUCAGAAGAUCAUAUCAAGCUUACAAUGUAAUGCCGAGUUUAAGUAAAGCCUUAAGCCGGUAUGGUGUGUAGCUUCUGGGCAUUCUGCCUUCUAGUCCUGGGGUGAUGCUGCAUUUACUUAUUGACUCAAAAACCGUGGAAGUACUGCAGCGGAAAAGGGUUCCUAAUCACAAUCCGGUUUAAGGGGGGUCAGGUUUAGAGCAGCAGCUAAUACCAAGUUCACCGUGCAUUACAAACUGAAGACUAGUUGCUAGCAUGGAUACUACAUCUCAUGGAAAAAAUUUGGUUCUCAUUGUCGAACCGGGUUUGGAUCACUGGAGCAACUUUACCUCGUCAUGCUUACAAAUUGGAAUCUCAUAUAGAAGUUAGAUUAGUUGUAUUGCAACAGAUAUCUUGGUCAGAGGGUUUAACACCCUGGAUUAUCACAAUCAAGUUUGUAUUAUUGUACACC